CAGCGGUGGCCGUAACACGGGUCUCUCCUUGCAGAACCGCAACCCCUUGGUGGCCGUCUACUACACCAACCGAGCCCUCUGCUACCUGAAGAUGCAGCAGCACGACAAGGCGCUGGCGGACUGCAAGCGAGCCCUGGAGCUGGACGGCCAGUCAGUGAAGGCUCACUUCUUCCUGGGCCAGUGCCAGAUGGAGAUGGAGAACUACGACGAGGCCAUCGCCAACCUGCAGAGAGCCUACAAUCUCGCCAAGGAACAGCGGCUGAAUUUCGGGGACGACAUCCCCAGCGCACUGCGCAUCGCCAAGAAGAAACGCUGGAACAGCAUUGAGGAGAAACGGAUCAACCAGGAGAACGAGCUGCACUCCUACCUGACCAAGCUGAUCAUGGCAGAGAAGGAGAGUAACGUGGUGCGGGGCAGCGGCGGCACCCAUAAAGGCUUUUUUAGUGCUAUGAAGCCAUCUGUGUGGGACAAGUACCUGGCGGACAUGGACGAGCUCUUCUCUCAAGUGGAUGAGAAGAGGAAGAAGCGGGACAUCCCCGACUACCUGUGCGGGAAGAUCAGUUUUGAGCUGAUGAGAGAACCCUGCAUCACGCCCAGCGGGAUCACCUAUGACAGGAAGGACAUCGAGGAACAUCUCCAGCGCGUGGGUCAUUUCGAUCCGGUGACGCGGAGUCCCCUGACCCAGGACCAGCUGAUCCCCAACCUCGCCAUGAAGGAGGUGAUAGACGCAUUCAUCUCGGAGAACGGUUGGGUGGAGGAUUACUGAGGGGGCGGCUCUGGCUUCCCCAGGGCCCCCCCGCCCCGGCGGCUCUCACCGGGCUGGCACCAUGCCUUACUCGCUCUCCGGCUGUUCCCCCCUCCGCUCCGGGUGCCCAGAGACCCAGCAGCAGCGCUGGGCGAGGGUGCGUUGCCAUCUCCCCUUCCCGAGGAACUGCAGCGGCCGGGUGGGCACGAAGGCUCCCCAUGCUCCCCUCUCCACCAGCUCCUCCCAGACCACAGCACUUGGAGGAAGACCUGCCCGGUGGUUUGGAGAAGGCUGGCUCUUCACGGUGGCCUGGAAGGUCUCACCAACAUCUUCAUCGCUUGGGGAACAGCGUCCCCCUUGGCUAUGGCAGCUGACAGACCCCAAAGAUCACGUCCUGCUCCGGGGAGGUGCCGGGAGGAGCGCCUGGUGCUGCCUGGCCCGCUCCCCUCCCCGUGUACACAGUGGUCUCCUCCUCCUUCCAUCUCCUGCCUUGGCCAGGGUCCCGUUCCCCUCAUUCCUGUAAAUAGCCACUUGCCGGGGAGGGACACCAACGUUCCCGCUGUGGAUGCCGACUUGCCCACUGGCUUUUCCUGGGAAACAACUGCCCUGGGGCUGGAAGGGACUGGCUUGCGCCUCCCCUCACCUGCUGGGAGUGUGAGUCCCUGCAAACAACCGCCUGGGUUAAAGUUCUUCUUCCUUUUAUUGAAAUCCCUUUAAAAAAAAAAAAAAAAAAAAAAAAAACCACAAAAAAAAC